AUGGCGGUUCUUUUGACUCCGCGGUUCCAUAGCCUUGGCAGCCAUGAUCUUCCGGGCCCAGGACGGAGCGGGCCAAGUUUCGUGAGCCCUAGAGGUGGCAUCUGCAGGAAAAGGAGGAGAGGAUGUUCUGGUCCUUUUCAGGCUACUCAGCUAUGGGAUGGUAUUAUUCAUUCCCUUCAGACUCAAGUGGAAAUAAAAGGAAGGAAGCAUCAUUUACAAACAUAUGAGGACUGUUUUACUGGUUCUGAUGCUGUCGAUGUAGUAUUAAGUCAUCUUAUGCGAAAUAUGUGCCUAAGUGGUAAUGAUAUCUCUCAAUCAAAAGGAGUUCGUCUUUGCCAAGUUCUAAUGAACCAUAAAGUAUUUGAACCAGUGAGAAUGAAGCUAUUCAAAAAUGAAAAGGAAUUGGAAUUUGAAGAUUCAAACAAUAGUGUCUACAGGUUUCUAGGCAGUAAAUCAUCUUAUGUUUUGUGCAAAAGAAAAAAAGAUGCUGAGAACUGGUUAACUGAUAAAAUAAAAGCAAAGGAAUCUUUAAGGUUAGUAUUAACAGAGAUACUGUAUCGGAGAGAGAGUAUCUCAAAUACUUGGCCGGACAGAGAAGUUAUUCCAAGUUUAUGUCUACCUGAGAUUGAUAACUGGCUUAAUGCAGCAAUUGAGUGCUUGGAAUAUUUCCCUGACCAGUUAAUAGUUUUGGUUAGUCAGCAGUUAGUGCAAAACAGAAAUGAAGAGACAAGAUGGAAUAUACAGAAGAAGAUACUUUUUGAUGUCAUAGAAAAAUAUUAUAAUCAAAAGAGAGAGAGCAUGUUAACUGAUGAGUAUUUUGAUAUUCAUUCAGAAAUUAUUGAACUUUUAGUACAGGAUUCGAGAACUGAGGAAAAAUUGCAGUAUGAUAACAAAACUGUGGACCUGAAAGCUCUUGCUAAAGCAGUUUUGCAAACGAAAUCAUUAUUAAAAGUACAGGCAGAACAACUUGUCUGGUUUCUACUGGAAUAUUACUCUGAACUCUUCAAGCUAUUUCUGAUACCAGUUACUUUAUUGGAUCUAGUUAGUAAGAAACUUAAGAAACUUCAUCAUGGAGAAGAUCUAGAUGCCAUAGCAGACCCAGCCAGGGACUCAAAGAGGGUGAAGGAAAACUUUUCCUCUCCUACACCUCCAAUUUAUUAG